CUGGAGGGAAGCGUAGAGGAAGAAGAAGCCACGGUUGUAGCGGCAAUGAAAGAACAGCGUGCUACUUCCAAUUUGAGCAAAACAUAAGUUAAGUGGGCACUAGCGGCGGUAACCAACUACGAACAGUUACAGCGUUAUUCACAUUUGUUCAGAAAGUCACAGGACUGCGUCGGGAGGAUGUCUUUGGUUUGUGCAAUCUCCAACGAGGUGCCGGAGCACCCGUGCGUCUCCCCCGUGUCCAACCAGGUGUUCGAGCGCCGGCUCAUCGAGAAGUAUAUCGCGGAGAAUGGGACGGACCCGAUGAAUGGACAACCGCUGUCUGAGGAGCAGCUCGUAGAUAUCAAAGUGUCCCAUCCUAUCAGACCAAAGGCGCCAUCAGCAACAAGCAUUCCUGCCAUUCUCAAAUCCCUUCAAGAUGAGUGGGAUGCCGUUAUGCUUCACAGUUUCACCUUGCGGCAGCAGCUGCAGACUACUCGCCAAGAACUGUCUCACGCCCUCUACCAACACGAUGCCGCCUGCAGAGUCAUCGCUCGACUCACCAAAGAGGUCACUGCUGCGAGAGAAGCUCUUGCCACACUCAAACCCCAAGCUGGAUUGGUGGCCCCUCAGGCAGUUCCCAGCUCUCAGCCGAAUGCAGCAGGUGCUGGUGGAGAGCCUAUGGAGAUUAGUGAACAGGUUGGAAUGACUCCAGAGAUCAUCCAGAAGCUCCAAGACAAAGCUACAAUCCUUACCACAGAGAGAAAGAAGAGAGGAAAGACUGUGCCGGAGGAGCUGGUUAGAGCUGAGGACCUUAGCAAAUACCGCCAAGUGGCCACUCAUGCCGGUCUUCAUAGUGCCAGUGUUCCUGGUAUUCUGGCUUUGGAUCUGUGUCCUUCAGACACCAAUAAAGUGCUCACCGGUGGAGCUGAUAAGAACGUGGUGGUGUUUGACAAGAAUGAGGAGCAGAUUGUGGCGACACUUAAGGGUCACACAAAGAAGGUCACCUCUGUCAUUUACCAUCCAUCUCAGUCGGUGGUCUUCUCUGCAUCUCCAGACAACACCAUCCGCGUGUGGUCUGUCACUGGAGGCAACUGUGUCCAGGUUAUUCGUGCCCACGAGGGAGGUGUCACUGGGCUCUCCCUGCAUGCUACUGGAGAUUACCUGCUCAGCUCCUCAGAGGAUCAGUACUGGGCCUUCUCAGAUAUUCAGACAGGUAGAGUCCUGACCAAAGUAACUGAUGAAAGUGCUGGCUGUGCUCUCACCUGUGCCCAGUUCCACCCUGAUGGUCUCAUUUUCGGCACUGGUACGGCUGACUCCCAAAUCAAGAUUUGGGAUCUGAAGGAGCGCACCAAUGUGGCAAACUUCCCUGGCCAUUCUGGUCCUGUCACCUCCAUUGCUUUCUCUGAGAAUGGAUACUAUCUGGCCACAGGUGCCCAGGAUAGCUCUGUGAAACUGUGGGAUCUUAGAAAACUGAAGAACUUCAAGACAAUCAAUCUUGACAACAACUACGAGGUGAAGUCCCUCGUGUUCGAUCAGAGUGGCACUUACCUUGCUGUAGGAGGGUCUGACAUCCGUGUCUACAUCUGCAAGCAGUGGUCCGAGGUCCUCAACUUCUCAGACCAUACAGGGUUGGUGACUGGAGUGGCCUUUGGAGAGAACGCUCAGUUCCUGACCUCUGCAGGAAUGGACAGAAGUCUCAAAUUUUACAGUUUGUAGAGAAACAUACAUCCGAGAUAGGAGCAGGUGUGAGGGGAGGUCGGCGGCAACAAUCCUGGACACAGACCUAUUAUAGACCUGUAAUUUUUAGGACAAAAAUAAAAAAACAAAAUCAGUGCUAACUUUGCUUCUGUAGUGUGUUAGUUGUCAUGUCCAGGAAAGAACAUGAAACAAACUGCUGAUUGAAACCACAGCACAAUGGCUAGGAUAACAACAUUUUGUCGGCAUUGAAAUAUAAAUGAUGUUAAAUAAGAUACAGAAGCCAGUGUCAUGUUCCAGUGUGAUUUGGCAGCGGUUAUGAUUUUACUGUAGUAUUUUCUUUGUGUGGGGUUGGGGGGGGUGGGGUGGUCUCUGAAAUAUCUUGUGAUACAACUCCAUAGUUGUUGUUCACUAUUGGACAAAUGUGGUGUGACAAAAACGUACUUACUUUAACGUAGACCCGCUUUAUUACAGUAUCUUUAGGGUAAAAUCAUCUGUUGUGACCAACAGUUCAACCAAGCAGUCGUAUGAGAUUCAUUUUCCUCUGACAAAUGUAGUCUGGUGUGACCUCCCCCCAUUUUCAUUUCCUGUAUCAUUUGUUUCAUUUCUACUUUGUCUUUCUCUUCCAAUUGUAUAUUUCUCAUUACUUGCUAUUUUACCUGUUGCUGCCCUUUUACAGUAAAAUAAAAUAUCUUUUGUAUGGCCAUUCAUGGAUUUGUCAGAUUAAGAGGAAUUGUUUGAUCCUCAAAAGGAAAUAAAAUGAUUUUACUUUGCCUCCA